AUGGUGAAAGAUACCAAGUUCUACGAUAUUCUCGGGGUUGCCCCGACGGCCACUGAGGCCCAGUUGAAAACCGCAUACAAGAAGGGUGCUUUGAAAUACCAUCCCGAUAAAAAUGCGUCUAAUCCCGAGGCCGCUGAUAAGUUCAAGGAACUCUCGCACGCAUAUGAGAUUCUCUCCGACUCACAGAAACGCCAAAUUUACGAUCAAUAUGGUGAAGAAGGCUUGGAAGGUGGUGCCGGUGGUGCCGGCAUGAACGCUGAAGACCUGUUCGCCCAAUUCUUUGGCGGCGGUGGUGGUGCAUUCGGUGGCAUGUUCGGUGGUGGCAUGCGUGACACGGGCCCCAAGAAGGCUAGAACCAUUAAUCACGUUCAUAAAGUCAGUCUUGAGGAUAUCUACCGAGGAAAGGUGUCCAAGCUCGCUCUUCAGAAGUCGGUUAUUUGCCCCGGAUGUGAUGGGCGUGGCGGAAAGGAAGGUGCCGUUCGUCAAUGUACUGGCUGCAAUGGCUCGGGUAUGAAGACUAUGAUGCGCCAGAUGGGCCCUAUGAUUCAGCGAUUCCAGACCGUCUGUCCCGACUGCCAGGGUGAAGGUGAGAUCCUGCGUGAAAAGGACCGCUGCAAGAAGUGCAAUGGCAAGAAGACCAUUGUUGAGCGCAAGGUGCUGCAUGUGCAUGUCGACAAGGGUGUCAAGAAUGGCCACAGGAUCGAAUUCCGAGGCGAAGGUGACCAAAUGCCUAAUGUUUUGCCCGGAGACGUUGUUUUCGAGAUCGAACAGAAGCCUCACCCGCGAUUCCAGCGCAAAGACGACGAUCUUUUUUACCACGCCGAAAUCGAUCUUCUUACUGCUUUGGCUGGUGGCACAAUCAAUAUUGAACAUUUGGACGAUAGGUGGCUUUCAGUUAACAUCGCACCGGGCGAGCCUAUCACACCCGGUGCUAUCAAGGUGAUCAAGGGCCAGGGUAUGCCCUCGUUCCGUCAUCACGACUUUGGUAACUUGUACAUCCAGUUCGAUGUCAAGUUCCCUCAGGCAUCCGAUUUGAAGAACCUCCAGCUGCUCGAGCAGGUCUUGCCUGAACGCGCACAACAAGUCCAGCCUCCAGCCGAUUCGAUGGUCGAGGACUUUGAUCUGGAAGAAGUCGAUCCCGCCCAAAGUGCACGAGCACAAGGAGCUGCUUACGAAGACGAAGAUGAAGAUGGUGUUCCUCCAGGUGCAGAGCGCGUGCAGUGUGCAUCCCAGUAA